GACUUUGGGCCCCUCUCUCCCCGAACCCUCUGAUCACGAACCCUGGGCCCAGCAAUGAGGGCGUUGACCAUUAUGACCUCGGGUUGCUGUGACCCUCUUCAGCCAGGCGGGUGGUGGUGUGAAGUCGCCUUGUUGCCAGGACGGGCUAUCAAUGGUGAUGUGUGUGGCUGCCACUUUAUGCGGCAGUUGUUACCCAUGCGUGGCCACCGUCAGAGCUUUAUUUCUUACUCUGCCCAGGGUCGCUAAUAGGCUGGAGUGAGUAGCACGUCGUCAACUACAGUAGCCAGUCAUCGCGAGAGGUGUAUUGGGCGUGGCGGAUGCCGAGAUAUCAGACCAGGUAGGCCUCGGCAAGGGCUGAGCUUCAGGCUGCGGGAGGAGACCGCGCACUGCGCCCUGGAGGUGUCACCCGAUGGCAUCAGCGUCGUGAACCGUGUGAUUGGCCUCGACUCCAGCAAGCUGCCCGCCAGCCCGGCUCGCUUUGUCGACUGGGCCGCGGUCAUGGGCGACGCGACCAUUUCCUCUGGCCGCCACUACUGGGAGGUCACAGUUAAAGGAUCAUCGGACUUCCGUGUGGGGGUAGCGGACCCAGCCGUGACACGGGACCUCUGUCCGGGUGAUGCCCCUCACUCGUGGGCCUUCUCCUUCUCUCCAAGCGGCCACUGGACAGCACUGAAUGCUGGUCACGCAGAGCCACUCAUCGAUAGCAUAGGGCAACAGGAGCGUAUCGGUCUGCUGCUUGAUCUGGAGGCCGGCUCGCUAGGCUUGGUCUUGCCAGAGUCUCCACCACGCCUGAUUAAUCAAAUCAAGGCUAAGUUCUCCACGCCACUCACACCCACAUUUGUAUUGUGGGAUGGAGAACUGCUCAUGCAUGCAGAUUUGGAUGUACCAGCUGGCUUAUCCUAACUGGUGUGGAUUUUUUUUUAUAAAUUGGGAACAUUGUUUUCGUCAAGAAAACUCACCUUUGUACUGUGGGAUGGAGAGCUUCUCAUGCAUGCGGGUUUUAAUGUACCAGCUGGAUAAGUCUAACGGGUGUAGGUUUUUUUAAAAAUAUAAAUGGAAAACUUUAUUUUCAUCAAGAAAACAUGACCUAAUGAGAUAUAUUUAACAAAUUUACAGAUUAUUGAGAAAUAAAUUCAACUGCAGGAAUGCUGAAUUACACUCGCUGCAUACAUAUCAAGCAAUAAUGUUUACAUACCUAAAAUCCUAAGUUGUCAAUGUGUUAACUUGCCAUUUUGUGACAAUACAUUUUUAUAUUUUGAGGGCUAAGUUAUGAGCAUGUGGCAUUAUUUCUACAUUCAGCUGCACAACGCACGUUAUAGGCACUGAUAAAUGCUCUCGGGCCCGAUUGGGGUGCUCGGUGUCCAUUGCCGAUGUCCAUGUAUGUGGGGCUGCAAGUGGCAGUGUCGGAGCUGUAAUGCGAGCAAAUAUGAAGGAAGGAUCAGUGGUGCAUGGGCCAAGGGUGGUCCGCAAGGCUGUCGGAAAUAAACUGUUAAACUUGCCGUUACUGUUUUUUUCUUAACGAAACUAUAUUUUGUAUCGUCCAUUGCACAACUCUUGAUAUUUUAUACAAGAGUGCAGGUGUAGACCUGGGGUGAGUGAACCUUUUACCAAGCGCCGGAUAGGACUUUUAAAACAACUUCUGGCGAGCCACAUUUACUCGUCGGUCACUGCGAAGGUUCCCCUUGCAGCGAGAGAAGUGACGAAGCGUGUUACAACUAAAAACACUGCGACCUGGUCGAGCAUAUUCCAACACUAGCACACGAUUCGUGCGGCUAAGAUAUCUGCAGUGACUGAUGAAUUUCGUUUCUAAAUUGUAGGCCUCAUGAGGCUACGUGUUGCCUUAAACGAAGUAGACGUAACCGCCUCGCCGGCCCGAGGUUCCUUCCCCUGGAGUAGGGUGUAGAUUAGAACGUCAGAUGCCGAGGGUAGGGUGUAGUGCAUAGUCCAGGGUAUAGAGGGCAUAGUAGCGGAGGUGUGUAGUUAUGCAUGCAGUUGUAGACCAAAUUGAACGCGCCCAAGACGACGGUCACUGAAGCGAUGGACCGAUUAAAUACGUGAAUGUGAACCUUCACGUGGAAAUAUUGCAUCGCAGGAUCACGAAAGGUGGUGAAGGGGGAGGCCUUCAUCCAGUAGUGAAUUGACCAUGGCCGUUUGAUGUUCGAGGCAACUCAGGCUUUACGACGGCGCCAGGCCGCGGCGUCCCCGUCUCCAUGGUUUCCACGCGCGUGACGUCACGGCCGACCAAUCAAGACAGCUUCCCUAGCAACAAGCGUCUUAGUGAUGGAUACGCGCGAUCCCAUUGGUUCCGCCACGAGGCGUGUACAGUAAGGUGUCCUGUGAUUGGUCAGAGCGAGCGAGCGCCGCUGGUUCAGCUCGCGCGGCGUUUAAGGAGUUUAUUAUUUUAACUUUGUUACGAUUAUUGCGAUUACUGUCAUCGUUAUUAAAUUACACUAGUGGGACUACUACACUAUCCUAACUUAUCACGCAUUGUGGGCAGCUCCUGUACUCUGAAGACCUGCAGAACUUGUCCACGGCAACGCCCGAAAUAAUGGUCUCUGGGCAGCAAAGCACUCAACCACGUCAUGUCUGACCAGGGCAGGAACAACAAGGAAAAAGAAGGAUCCACUUUCAAGGAUGUGGAUGUCCUGGGGCGGCUGCUGGAUUUGUUGAAUACCCCGGCCAGCAAACAGCAGCUUCCAGCACUGGGCAGUAUGGGAGCUUCCAGCCGUGUGGGGAAGGGGAGGAGAGAUGCUCGUUUCCAGUCGACCGAGGCUCUGCAGUUGGAAGCUUUCAGUUCCAAGUACAAGAAUGAGCGGGCAUUUAGCUCUCUACAUGAGCACAGCCGCUUCCUGGAGAUUCUCACUGCUCUCAUCACACAGCGGCUUCUAUGCAGACAGUGGAGAGACCGGGCGCCGCUGGCCAAUAUUCUACCUGUGCUCAUCUGCCUCCGCCUCUUCAUGCGGGACUUUUCUUACCAGAGGGUGCUGUACGAUAUGGGAGGGGUGUCUGGCUUAGCAAUGUAUAUGGACGAGGUGGCACAGCGGCACUUGUGUUACGAAGAGGAGAAGUUUGCAGAGGACGUCCUUGUCAAUCUCACCAAUAUCUUCCAAAAGCUCGCUGGAGUGGUGGAGCAGAGGGAAUGGGUCACAGAAUCUGGGGCACACAAGACAUUGGUGAUUCUGACAGCUGCCAGGGAGUCCAGUGUGCUGCUGGGUUCACUGCUGGCACUCAACAGUCUGGCUGAAAGUGCGGCGUGCCGUAGGAAGCUGGCGGAGCUAGCUGUGGUGGAGAAUCUCCUGCCUGUUCUGCAGGACUAUGAUCUCCUAUCCCAGCGGUUAGCUGUGGACCUACUGCGGCAGCUGUGCCAGGAACGCCCUGUGUGGCAUCAGAUGCGGGUGUUGGGUGGAGUGCCGGUGCUGUUGAGCCUCCUGCAGGGCGAGCACCUGCGCCUGCUCGCGAGCGCCGUGUGGGCUCUCGUGCACUUGUGCGAGGACCAGGCCAUGCUCGAGGACAUUCGGCGCUGGGGGGGUGUCACUCAGCUUCUGCGGCUGCUACAGGGGGACCGUGAGCGUCGGUUUGUGUCAGACCGCACUUCCUUUGGGGGCCUGUCAAGCGCCAAUGCAGCUGGCCGACUGCGGCAGCUCCCGCUUUCGGAAGAACUGAGCCCCGCGGAAAUCCAGGAUGGCCUCACCUCCCUGCAGGCUGCGUGUUGUACCGCCCUUACCGAGCUGGUGCUCAACGACAGCAAUGCACAGCAGGUUGUGCAGGCUAACGGGGUGUACAUCAUCGGCACUCUGCUGCUCCCCAACCCCACCCGCAGCACACACAAUAGGGAUGUCUUACAGCGUUAUGCCUUCAGGGCCCUGCGGUUCCUCUUCAGCAUGGAGCGAAAUAGGCAUCUAUUCAAGAGGCUCUUCCCAGCAGUGCUCUUUGAAAUGUUCAUCGACGUGGGACAUUAUGUGCGAGAUAUUGUGGCCUACGAGCCCCUUGUUUUGAGGCUCAACGCACUCAAGCCAGAGGAGGUGCAGGAGAUCCAAGAGGCAGUGGAGAGCAUGGACCAGACCAGACUGCCAGAGAAACGGAUGGGGGGCUAUGCCGUGCUGGAGCACCUAGGCAGUGGGGCCUUUGGCAGUGUCUACAAGGUGAGGAAGCUGAAUGGUCAGCAGCUGCUUGCGCUAAAGGAGGUGAGCCUGCACAACCCUGCGUUCGGCAAGGACAAGACGACGCGGGACUCCAGCCUCAAUUCCAUCAUCUCUGAACUCUCCAUCAUUCGUGAACAGCUCAAACACCCAAACAUUGUAAAAUACUACAAGACAUUUGUGGAAGAUGACCGCCUGUACAUUGUGAUGGAGCUUAUUGAGGGAGCUCCACUGGGAGAACACUUUAAUGCUCUGAAGGAGAAACACGAGCGCUUCACGGAGGAACGAAUUUGGAACAUCUUCAUCCAGAUUUGCUUGGCACUGCGUUACCUACAUAAGGAGAAGCACAUCAUCCACCGAGACCUGACUCCUGGCAACAUCAUGCUGGGGGAGAGUGACCACAUCACCAUCACGGACUUUGGGCUGGCCAAGCAGAAGCAGGAGAACAGCAAGCUGACAUCCAUGGUGGGCACCAUCGUCUAUUCCUGCCCAGAGAUUGUGAAGAAUGAGCCAUACGAUGAGCGAGCAGAUGUGUGGGCAGCUGGGUGCAUCCUCUACCAAUUGGCUAUGCUCACACCGCCAUUCUACAGCACCAAUAUGCUCUCCCUCGCCAGCAGGAUAGUGGGGGCGACCUAUGAGCCAAUCACUGAAGGACUCUAUUCGGCCCAGCUCAGCAAAACCGUACGAAGGUGCCUCAGUCCCGAGGCUGGAUUGCGCCCGGACGUGGUGGAGGUGUGCGCAGGGCUGUCGGCGCGCCUCAUGGCUCAUGCAGAUGCCCUGGGAGCCAACUGCUGUGACAUGGAGCACCGCUUGGAAAGGGAGCGGCGCCGUACUCAGCGCCGUCUAGCGCAGGCCCACAUGCACGCACAUUGUUGCCUGGCACAACAGGAGCAGGAAGGCAAGGGAGGCAGCUUGGAGAGCAGUGGGGGUGCAUCAAGCUUGCGCAGUGAAGAGGGCUGGGAGGGGGGCACACUGGGCGUGGAUUGGAUGGAAGGGGGGGGGAAGCCUGGGUCGGCCCUUGUGGAAGAGGGUAUGGUAGGCCUGCCGUGUGCCUUCGCGCUGGUGCCCAAAACCUGUAUCGACCACGAAAAGAGAGGCGCCGAGUCACCAAUCUAUGGCUUGGAGGGUGAGGACUCGCUCCUGACACCACCAGGGCCCUCCAGCACGGUGAGCAGCCCAUCCAGGCAGCACCCAUCGGCCGAGCGACGCCGCUACUCUCGCUCUGCCGACUCCAUCUGCAGGGGUAGCUCCAGACCGCGACCUCGGUCAGGAACGGGCAUUGCAGUGUCACAGCGCAAGGUGAGGCAGAUCUCGGAUCCCAUCCAGCAGAUCCUCUUGCAGCUGCACAAGCUUAUCUACAUUUCACAACUUCCUCCAUCGCUGACGCACAACCGGUCACGCAGGGCUGUGGAACGUUUCAAGAAGUCGCUCUUCAGUCCCCACAGCAAUGCUUGCAAUCUCAAGAGUGAGAUUCAGAAGGUGGUACAGGGUUCCCAGGAGGUGAUCGACUUGGGCUGGGCCCUGGCGAAGCCUGGCGUCCACUGUCAGAGCAGCUCCAGCUCCCAGCUGAGCUCAGGGGAAACCCAUCGUUAUUAUGAUGGCGAUGACAAUCAGGAAGGCAUCACUUAUGGGCAAAUGCAGUGUAUGAUUGAAGAUGUGCUCAUGGAGAGUGGCUACUACAGUACAGGCCAAGCCACCCGGCACCAGGACUUGGAAUCUUCAACUGUGAGGGCCUUGCUGUCUUGACACGACCCAACACUGCUCGUUGGUAGAGUUCCUACAACAAGAAGACUCUGCCAUGUGGAGGACCCUUCCACAGGGACCACUUCACGAGGAGGCUGUGGCCCCAUGGUUCUCAGCCAGCUGUGGGUAGUACUGUUGCGUAGCACAGCCUGACAGACAUACUGAUGGUGUGUCAAUAGCCUGCAAAAGUUCCAUAUGCACGGGAAUUUACACAGACACUGUGCUCUUUGCUACGGGUUCAGAUAGAGUAUUCUUAAGGCAACAAAACAUCUGAGAACAUAUUUUGUAAAAUAAUCCAAAAUUAAUAGGUAAAGCGUACACAUUGACAUUGCACUUUAUCACUGUUGAGCCUCUGGAUACAUGAUAUAACUCCUUUAACUUGGGCGAGUUUUUAAAAAACUCAAUUACAGUUAAUUAUCAAUGAUCCGUGGGCAGACCAUUCCCUUUGAGUUUUAAGCUUGUUUGCAAAAAUAUAGAAUAUCUCUCCACAUGCGCUCGUAUAGUCAUUAGGCGCUCCUCACUCGUCAGUCGAUGGUCAGUGACUGGGUGCCUAUGCUAAUGCAAGCACGUCGGGAAGCAAAUCGAUUAGUUUAAGAAGCAAUCAAAACAGAUGCCACAUUCUGCAUCUUCACCCCCAUUCAGCAUAGUUAAACGAUGCAUAUUUUUAUAGCCUAAUCUACACAUGUUUUGCAUUAUCCGUAUUUUUGUUUAAUUUGGGCCACCCCUCCACCUUGCAUUACCCUGGGUAAUUAGCAGAUAACGACUAUUUAAUGCAGGUGAAGAAACUUCAGGGGAGCUGAUGUGAGUAUUACAGCGCAGACUAAUCUAAAUGUAGUCGUGUUGAAAACAGUAUGGCAAGUCUUGGUUUGACAAGUCAGGCAAGCAUUUUCCAGUUUGGAAAAUUGACUUGUGCACAUGCUCCUUUGUGGAACCAGAAUCAUGCAUUGAUGAAAAUCGAUUCAUGACCCAAAUGACACACACAUCAAGUUACAUGCCCAAGAAUUGUUUGUUUUUGAUUAUGCUCAUUUUAUGCUAUGUAAGUGCACAUACCUAUGUUCCACAUACAGAUGAGCCAUGCAAUGUAGACAGAAUGACAUAACCAAAUUAGAACAUAACAUACAGUGCGGAUGGAUAAAAGUAAAAAAGGCCAAAACAAACUAAAGCACUGAUGAUACACAAAUAACAACACAUACAAGACAUUACAAGGAACGUCCAAGAGUAUAAUCAGGGAUUAUUGAUUCAUUGCAUAAACUGUAGGUAUAAGAUGGCAGCUGCGCUUUAUUUGAGUGUAUGUGUAUCCCAUUACGUGCAUUGUGACAGCGAUUCUCAAUCAUUUUUGUAUCAAGGCUUAGUAGAGCCACAGUUGAAACGUCUUCCGAGGCACUUUGAGAACCCCACAGUGGGGCAGUGUUGUAGCUGUGUGUGUUUAUCAAGGUCUGUUUUACUCUUGCGCUGGUGCAAGCUGGAUUAGCAGGAUAAUCCACUGUGAAUCCACUUGUCUUUCACAGACCCCCUUAAUGAUACCUGCGUCCACUUCGGGGUCAACAGACUUCCCAGUUUAAAAACUCCUGCCUGAUAGUGUUCUGAUGCUGCUAAAACGAUUAUUAUAAUAUGUGGUAUCCAUGAAUUGGGCAAACCAAGAGUGAUUUGAUCGUGGGAGAAAUCACUCUGAAAAUUUUAAUUUGAAGUGGCCGAGAUCGACGGUCUUUCAGUAUCCAGAUUGAUGCACCGAGAAAAUGUAUGGUGCACAUUUUAAAUGAACUCAGGAUUUCUGUGCAACACAGAAUGUUUACGUUUGUGUAUAGUGUUGACGACAAAGUGUGCGAUCGCGCUGGGCUAUGGCUUAUGAGCAACUAAUGCUCAUCUCUUUGUUUUGAUACCCUAGUUAACUUGCUUCUCUGUAUCCAGUUCAGUAGUGUUUGUAGUGUUGGGUAUGCUGCGAUAAGCUGUGUGGUUUGGCAACUGCUAUAACCACGGCUUAGUUUAUCAUCUAAUAUUCCCAGGUCGCUGGUAGACUGGAGUAGAUUGCACCUAACUAGUAGCUACAGCCAUAGCGAGAGGUACAUUGGAUGUGCUGUGCCUCGUAUGGAACUGCUUAGUAUUCUAGUGUUGAGUGUUUACUAAGGUUUAAUCAGUCUGUAAAACUUAAGCAUGGCUCCAUAAGCUUGGGUUUGUGGUCUUGUAAUGCACUUUGAGUACCAAUGUGGGAUGGUAUAUCCAUUAUCUCACCACCAUAGUCCAUGGGCCAGAGCAGAAAUUGGGACCACCUAAGGCAGCAAAGUUUCAGUCGUACCAAUGUAUUUAUAUGGCUAAUGAUAACCCACUCAUUUCAAAUGGUUUUCACAGAAUUAAUUGUUAUUGGCCAUGUAAAUAAAUUGUUACCAUGAGAGUUAUGCCACUGCAGGUGGUACCGACGAGAUAAAUGUCUCAUCUUGACCUAUGGGACUAUAGCUUAUGAAUCAGUGGUCGCUGUAUCAAUUCACCUGUGUCUGGCAUGUGUUCUGAGCUUAUUUGAACUCUUGUUUGCAUGAUCAAGUUGAUCAAAAGCCCACGGUCUCAGUUUUGGUCAGAAGUUUGAAUGAUUGAUGGUAAUUGUAGAUUUACAUUGCGUAAUGUAGAUUUUUACAUUUUAAAUCUAAAUUUACGUUGCGUUUCCACCAAGGGUAUUUUGUAUGAACAGUUGCUCGCAUUUAAGUGGAUUUUGUUUUAAACUGUGCAAAAAUAAACUCAUUGUGGUGAA